AUGGCCAUUCUCGCGGAGGGACACAGCACUACCGAGGUGUACGAGAAGCGCUUCUCCGCUCCGAAAGAGCGCGAAAGCACGUCUACUGCUCGGCCCGCCAUAACGCUCGCGUACUCUGGCUCUCAGCUUGACGCUGACACAGUGGAUACCAAUGAAGCAUCAAGAUUCCUAUAG